AUGGAGGGAGCCAUAUAUUAUAGUAUACUUUCUAUAUCAUAUCAUGCAGCAUUCCCCAGGUGGUGGUUGUCCUUAGCAGUAGAUGAUGACGGUCGCGAGAAAUUAUUCAACGUCCUCUCAGAGAAAAGAGUUGUAUGGAACGGUCACGCAAGGAUAGCAAUAGGGAGGGCCUUGGCAGACAUCCGAACAUAUCAUUUUGACCCUGAAAGAUCCGCUCUUCCUCCAUCAAAAAACGUGUCGUCAUCGAAGACUCUGAAGGCAGGAGUACCGGUACCACUCAGGAAGACUGAAUGCAUAGAAGAUAAAGUCGAAGACAUCGAGGAAGCCUGA